AAUAGCGGCCGCAGUCGCGAAGGCUCGCUGCUCACGGUGAGAUCGUGGUACGUCGGGAUCGUCAACGGAGAACGGUGUCGAUCGUGAUCGAUCGAUCGAUCGUUGUCGGUGGUGAACGCGGCGAUUCCCAACGUGACAAGAAGAACGAACGGAAAGACACGCCACACGUGAGAAUACAUCGUUCAGGAUCAGAACACGAAAAAGACAGAUAGAUAGAUAGAUAGAUAGAGAGAAAGAGAGAGCGAGAGAGAGUGAGAGUGAGAGAGAGAGAGAGUCUGGUGAUCUCGUUUUUUAUCGAUUGUCCUCAAAGAUUCGCAACAUCGAUCGAUGGUCGCAUUCACAACGACCGAUUCAACGCGCGGGAAAUAAAAGACCGCGUAAACUGCCGGUACGAUUCUGCGCAAUGACGACGUCUUACCGCGCACAAACUAUUAAAUAUUUCUAACAAAUUGCAUGUAUGAAUUUGAAGAAAGUAAGUGGUAAUUGGUUUGAAUUUAACUGGAGACUGAGUAACAUUGAGUGAUCAAGUUUGAUCGUUGAUGUAAUAUAUUAUCAAAGUAAGGUUAAGCGGAUGUUUGUCAUUUGGUACGAAAUAGAAUAACUCAAAGUGCACGAGGAGUGUAUCUGAAAGAACCACAGUGGUGAUUUAGUAGUGAGAAACGACGAGUCUCGUUGAAAGAAAUGCUGAUACGUUCUGUUGGUGGAUCUAUAUAGUUGCGGCAAGAUUGGAAGAGUAACUGCAAACAAAGAGAGAUGGAGAAUCCUUAAGACAUCCAGGUGGUUUCGCCGCAGGCAGCCGCGAGAGAUGUGGUCACGCACGCGAUUCUUGCUCCUGGCGUGGAUGAUCGCGUUGCUGGCUGGUGUACGGCUCAGCAACGGGUCGCAGAGGCCGCGUCUCGGCGGCGCCGUCAACAUCUUCAGCCGUUACGGUUACCUCAGCAUCAGCAUGAGAGUGGUCCCCAGAAACGACACCGACACUUGGAUCUUCCGGGAACCGACCCUAGAUGUUUUCAGGAAUCCAACCCCCAUAACGACCAAACAACGCCAACAGGCAGCGGUGUUCGAUGGAGACUUUCAUAUGGAGUUCUGCGAUAAUGUUCGUCAACUUCUGCAAGCUUACUUCCGGGACUUCACGUUUGAACGACUGGAAAGGCCAUGGCGAGCGUUUAGCGCCAGCUGGUCCAAGGCGGCCAUUGCUCGUCAUUUGGGCAUCAACUCGUCGUUCAUCACCGGUGAACAUUGUUACGUGCUGGUACGCGUUGCCAGGUUCCGUGAGAAUCAGAAAUUGGCUGUUACAGCAGACUCGAUGAUUCUGGACGAGGCUGUUCUCCGGGAAACAGAAAACGUUACGGUUGGAGAUACUGCCAGCGUGGUUCGGUUCAUCAAGCACUUCGGAUCGCACUAUAUUGCUGCUUAUGUUACUGGCAAUUCUUUGUAUCAGGUGUUCGUGUAUACGCAACAAGCAUAUCUACGUAUCAAAGAGCGGCUAAAGACCCGUGGUGUAGCAGAUUUAUCGAAUAUCGAGUUGAGCAACUAUUUUUCGCCGUGGUACGCGGAGCACAUGGGCUCGAUACAAGCAGCGAGCGGAAACCGCACCGUCGAGGCUUGGGCGGUAGAACGGCUUCGAAACCAAUACUACAUUUUCUCGUAUGCCAGCUUGCUGAAAUUACACGGUGAUGCGAUGUUGCUAAAGCAACUGGACGGUUUGUUGGAGAACGAAGCGUUACUACAGCUUCAAUUGAAGACGCUCGCGCCGAUCUUCAAAGAUCCUCAACGACGUGAGUGGUUCCUCGAGGUGAUCGACAAUUACUUUAAGUUAUGGGAGGUGAACAUGUGAAGUAGAACGAGACAUGUCCCGAAAGGAGAACAUUGAUACACCUCCGUUUCACUUACGUAAAAUUACGUACCGGUAUGAUCUGUACGUGGAAGACCACGCGUAUACGCAUACGUAUUUAAUUUAGAAGACGUCGGCCGAUGACUUCGACGUGAAACGAUCAUUCGUCGUUGUGAAACGAUUCCUAGUGCUCGAAGAGUCGUUAGUCACGGUCCGCUGGAAGUUCACUAUUGUUUCUCCGUCAAACGGAUGCUAGAUUUUCAUAGAGAAACGCCCAACUACUAUAUUAUUAUUAAAUAAGUAUUUAUUAUAUUAUAAUCGAUAAUAGAAAACAUUUUUAUACAAACGUUUUAAAUAUAUAUGUACAUCACAAGCAAUUUUCGUAUAAGUGACUGAAAAAUGCGCGACGUCCUGCUUCCAUGUUUGUCGUUUCGCUUUUGAUACCGGUUUAAUAAAUUUAUGUUGCAUUCCCGUUUAAGCUCUUCAAGGGCGUAGCGACAAACGCAGAAACAGAACUCGUGAUCUUUUUUCUUCUUUCUCGCGUUGAUUUUCUUCUCGAGCGUGUUCGAACUUUGAUAAACCGAUGUUUUUAAAAAUAAAUCUACGCAUUGUGUAUUUUAUAAUACGUUCUAUCCUUACGAACUUAUGGACGUUACCGUUUCUUUUUUUUUUAUCGAAAUGAAUCGAUAUAAGUAUUCGAGUAUAAAAGAAUGGUUAGUUUGUAUGUUUCGAACGAACGAACAAAAGUUAUUUUAUUGGCACGAUGGAACGACUGAUGAAUAAAAAUUAUAGAAAAAGUCAGUUUAUUUGAUCUUGUUAAGCAUUAAAUGUUAUUAUAUCUUAUUUUUAUGCUUGCUUA